UUCACUUCAACACUUCCAAGUUCCAACCACCUCAGUUCCCACUUCGGUCUUGAGUCUUCGGUAGCACUUCUUCACUUCAAACUGCAAAUUGCAAAACGACAUCCAAACCCACUCAACAAGAACCACUUCCAAAACGACAUGUCGUCUCACCAAACCACCACUGACUCCGAGCUCGUCUGUGUCACCGGUGCAAACGGCUUCAUCGGUUCCUGGCUAGUCCACACCCUCCUCCACCACCACCCACGCUACACCGUCAACGCCACCGUCUUCCCCGGUUCCGAUUACUCCCACCUCCUCACCCUCCACCCUGACGCCAAUUCCCGCAUCAAAAUCUUCCCCGCCGACAUCCUCGACGCCGCUGCCAUAUCCGCCGCAAUCUCCGGCUGCUCCGGCGUCUUCCACGUCGCCUCCCCCUGCACUCUCGACGACCCCGCAGACCCGGAGAAUUCCCUCCUCAGGCCUGCCGUCCAAGGAACCCUAAACGUCCUCGAGGCCGCGAAGCGAACAAACGCGCGGCGCGUUGUCCUCACGUCCUCAAUAUCCGCCAUGGUUCCGAACCCUAAUUGGCCUCCAAACAAACCUUUCGACGAGGAUUCCUGGACGGACGUUGAAUUCUGCAAGAAGAGGGGGAAGUGGUACCCAGUGUCGAAGACAGCGGCGGAGAAGGCGGCGUGGGAGUUAAUGGAAAAGAACGGCGGCGCUGACGUGGUGGCAGUGCUUCCGUCGACGUGUCUUGGGGAACUGCUGCAGAAGGAGCUGAAUGCAAGCUCGGCGGUCCUGCAGAGGCUGAUGACGGGGUCGAGGGACACGCAGGAACAUUACUGGUUGGGUGCAGUGCACGUGAGGGACGUUGCUAGGGCUCAGGUUUUGAUCUAUGAGACUCCUUCUGCUGCUGCUAGAUACUUGUGUACCAAUGGUAUCUACCAGUUCUCUAGCUUUGCAAAGAUUCUCUCUGAGUUGUACCCUGAUUUUCCUAUCUACAGGUUCCCUGAAGAAACUCAACCUGGCUUGACACCAUAUAAAGAUGCAGCAAAGAGACUAAUAGAUUUGGGUUUUGUGUUUACCCCAGUUGAAGAUGCUGUGCGAGAAGCAGUGGAGAGCCUCAUAGCUAAAGGUUUCUUGCAGAGAAUACCCUCACAAAAUUAAUAUUAUUAUUUAUAUUUAAUUUAGAUUUUACCUAAAGAUGAAGUAAUAGCCAUUGCUUUAUUUAUUAUGACAGAAGUUAAAACUUGGAAGAAAUAAUGAUUGUAUAUAUUCUAACAUUGCCUAAUAGAUUAAUCUUAAUUUACUUUUUUGACA